AUGGCUCCCUCAAAGAAGGCAGGUAGAAAGUUGGGUGGGCUCUUGGGUCAUGGGGGUGGAGAUGCUACUGCUUCCACCAGAACUGCAAAGGUACAAAAGGCCGACUGGUCGGAAGGCUUCAAGAAGAAGAGACAGGCAGGAGUACCUGAUAUGACCCUCCUCAGCACCAUCACUAAUGAAGCCAUUAACGAUAACCUGAAGCAACGGUUUCAAAAUCAAGAAAUUUACACAUACAUUGCCCAUGUGCUGAUAUCUGUCAAUCCCUUUAGAGAUCUCGGUAUAUAUACCGAUGAAACUCUUCAAUCAUAUAGAAAUAAGAAUCGUCUCGAGGUGCCGCCACACGUCUUUGCAGUCGCCGAAUCCGCCUACUAUCGAAUGACCACCGAAAAGGAGAAUCAAUGUGUGAUCAUCUCUGGCGAGUCGGGAGCAGGCAAAACGGAAGCCGCCAAAAGAAUAAUGCAAUACAUCGCAGCCGUCAGUGGAGGUGACAGUGGACAAGGAGGGAUAGAAGGAAUCAAGGAGAUGGUGCUGGCCACCAAUCCACUGCUGGAGAGUUUUGGAUGUGCAAAAACAUUGAGAAAUGAUAACUCUAGUAGGCACGGAAAAUAUUUGGAGAUCAUGUUCAACGGACUUGGGAUGCCUGUUGGAGCUCAAAUCACAAAUUACCUGCUGGAAAAGGGUCGUGUAGUAGGGCAAAUCAGGGAUGAGCGGGAUUUUCACAUAUUCUACCAAUUCACCAAAGGUGCUACCCCACAACAAAGAGAUGCAUUCGGGCUACAAGGCCCGGAAGCCUAUGCGUAUAUCAGCCGAAGUGGAUGUCUAGAUGUGCGGAGCAUAGAUGAUGUGGCAGACUUCCAAGAGACAUUGCGUGCGAUGCAGGUGAUUGGUCUCAGUUCGGAAGAACAAAAUUCGAUUUUCAAAGUUCUUGCGACUAUCUUGUGGCUGGGAAAUGUCGAGUUCGUGGAGGACAAGGAUGGGAAUGCCGCAAUCUCGGAUACCGGGGUCACUGAUUUUGUCGCAUAUCUGAUGGAAUGUGAUGCUGCGCAAGUGCAGAAAGUCCUCCUGAAACGUACUGUGGAGACUCAAAGAGGUGGACGAAGAGGGUCCGUUUAUGAAGUUCCUCAAAACAUCGCCCAGGCUACCUCUGGUCGAGAUGCUCUGGCAAAAGCAUUGUACAAUAAUCUUUUCGAGUGGAUCGUCAGCCGAGUCAACGUGUCGAUGAAGCCGCAAGGCACAACCGACUAUGUGAUUGGUGUAUUGGAUAUAUAUGGCUUCGAGAUCUUCCAAGAUAACUCUUUCGAACAAUUAUGUAUCAAUUACGUCAACGAAAAGCUUCAACAAAUAUUCAUCGAGCUCACACUCAAAGCUGAACAAGAAGAAUAUGUCCGAGAACAGAUCAAAUGGACUCCUAUAAAAUUCUUUGACAACGCCGUAGUGUGCGACCUCAUUGAAGGUCGACGUCCUGCAGGUAUAUUUGCAACCUUAAACGACGCUACAGCUACAGCACAUGCGGACCCCAGUGCAGCAGACAAUUCUUUCAUGCAAAGAUCCAAUCUCUUAUCCGCCAACCCCAACUUUGAAUCCAGAGGGAAUAAAUUCCUCAUCAAGCAUUAUGCCGGAGAUGUAUUGUACAAUGUACCCGGUAUGACGGACAAAAAUAAGGAUACUUUGGUGAAAGAUAUUUUGGAUUUGAUUGAAGGUAGUAAAGAUAGAUUUCUCCAUACACUCUUUCCCGAGAAGGUGGAUCAUGACAGCAAGAAACGGCCGCCAACGGCGGGAGACAAGAUUCGACAAAGCGCCAAUGAUUUAGUGACGAAUUUGAUGAAGUGUCAACCGCAUUAUAUCAGAACUAUCAAACCGAAUCAAAAUCGUUCGCCGUCGGAAUAUGACGACAAGGCGAUUUUGCAUCAGAUCAAGUAUCUCGGAUUGCAGGAGAAUAUUCGGGUUCGAAGAGCGGGAUUUGCUUAUCGUGCAGAGUUUGGGAAGAUGAUUCAGAGGUUUUAUCUUUUAUCACCAGCCACAUCGUACGCUGGAGAUUAUAUCUGGCAAGGAGAUGAUCGAUCGGGUUGCGAACAAAUCCUGAAAGACGCGGGUAUAGCAAAAGAUGAAUGGCAGAUGGGGGUAACGAAAGCUUUUAUCAAAACUCCUGAAACUCUAUUCUUCCUCGAAGGAGAACGUGAUAAAUAUUGGCACAACAUGGCUCGUCGUAUCCAACGAGCUUGGCGCGCUUACGUACGUCGAAAAGAAGAAGCGGCCAUAAAAAUCCAAAGGUUUUGGAGAAAUCAAAAGGAAUCCUUGGUAUAUGCACGUAAACGAGAUUACGGACAUGAAAUUCUGGCAGGGAGAAAAGAACGGAGACGGUUUUCUUUAUUGGGGAUGCGGAAAUUUAUGGGAGAUUAUCUAGACGUAGGGGGGAGAAGUGCACAGGGAGAGUUGUUGAGGAAUGCAGCGGGGUUGUCUCCUGCCGAGACGGUGUAUUUUAGCUCGAGAGCAGAAUUGUUAGUCUCAAAAUUGGGAAGAUCGUCGAAGCUCUCACCAAGAUUCCUUGUUAUCACCGACAAAGCAGUUUACCUCAUCGUCAACAUAGCCAAAGAUGGUCGAGUCUCUACCACUCUGGAACGCAAAAUCCCCCUUGUGACCAUUCGUUCCGUCGCCAUGACCAAUCUGCGAGACGAUUUUAUCGUCCUCAACAUCCCUCCCUGUGAAGAGGGCGAUCCAGUCAUGACAUGUUCAUUCAAGACCGAAAUGACAUCUGUCAUACUUACUCUGACUGGCGGCAGCACCCCAGUUAACAUUGGUCCAAAUAUCGACUACGCCAAGAAACGUGAAAAACGUGCUUUGAUCAAAGCACAGAAAGACGAGACUAUAACCAGAGAUGGGGUUUAUAAAUCCCAUACAAUCUUAGUUGGCUCUGGUGAAAAUCCCAAUAGUCUGAGUAAUCCUUUACCUCCUAGAAAACCGAGAGUCAAAGUUUCCAAACCUGCCGUGUCAAACGUGGUCAAUCGAGCUAUGAACAAACCGGCUGCGAGAGUAUUACCAGGUGCGACUAAACCUGCUCCUCCACCCGUACUCGGCGCGACCAGUAAUGGACCUGUCAAAGGUCUUACGAAACCUGGAGGAUCAAAGACUACUGCGGCAGCAGUGACAAGAGGUCCACCACCGCCUCCUCCUCCACCCCCACCAUCACAGGUUACAGGGCCACAGAAGGAAAUGUAUAAGGUUUUGUACAACUUUGCAGGACAGGAGGGUGAGAUGAAUUUGACCAAAGGGGAAGAAGUGGAAGUGAAGGAGAAAGAUGAUAAUGGUUGGUGGAUGGUCGUUAAGGGUGGAUCUGAAGGAUGGGCUCCUUCGAAUUAUUUAAAACUCAUAGAAUCCGCUCCUCCACCUCCUCCCCCACCUGUAGCUCGUCGACCCCCCCCUUCCGCCCCUCUGGCUCCGGCCAUCCCAGUCAUACACAAAGCUUCCACGCAGAACGGAGGUCCGUCGAGCUUUUCUACCUCAUCUGCAAACAGCUCCAGACCCGUGUCGGGUAUCGGCAAACCUCCCGCUCCGGCACCAGCUAUAAAACCUAAACCUGCUAUCCCUGUCAAACCGGGUAAACCGCCAGUGCCGAGUGCGACAAAGAUUACACCUGCUCCUGGGGGUGUCAGAGGAGGAGGGUUUCAACCCCCUAAAGCGGCUACGGGGCAAUUGGAUUUGGCUGCUGCAUUGGCCAAAAGAGCACAAAGAGCACAAGAAGAAUAG